AUGCGUCUUCUCGCCCUCUUUUCCCUUGCUCUGGUGUUUAUCAUGGCCCAUCUCACCAUGGCCAACCCCGCUCCCGCUCCCGCCCCCGCCCCCGCCCCCGUGUCUGCGCCGGACCUCGACAAUCCUCUCGUCAAGCGCGCCUGCGUUGUUAAUGGCUGCAAAUGCAGGCCCGGGGUAAAAGAUGGGGAGUACUGUUGGGGCUGCAACGCGCACUCGGAUGCGGGUACUUGGUUUCCCGGAUCAGCCUCCUACAAGACCUGGGUGUUUCAAUGUGGUCCGCAUAAUGUGUGCUGUGUAGCGAACUCGCUGGCGAGCUGUACCAAUGCAACCCCCAGUCCGUGUGGUCCGGUAUAG